UAUACAAUUUUCACAUAUUAAUUAUUGAGUGGUAAAAAAAAGAUGAGAGAGAGAGGCAGAGUGAGAGAGAGAGGAGGCGACUUCCGGACACGGGAAAGGUGGACGGCACAGAGCAGAGAGCACGGUAGAUCUUCAUGGAAACUUCAACAGAGGAGGAUGAUUGCAGAAGGAAAGCAGGACUAUCAGGUUAAUCAGAAUCAGGCGCGGAGAAGGAAGCUUGGUGACUCAUAUGAUUGGGGCUUGUAUAAACAAGCAACGCCCUUUUUUUUCACAAAUUUCACAGAAGAAUGGUCACAUGAGGAUAUGUGGAGAACCUUUAUGAAGUAUGGGAGGGUUUUCGACAUUUAUAGCCCACCUAGAAGAAGCAGAAAUGGCAGUAGAUUUGGAUUUGUAAGAUUCCUGGGAGUUAAGGAUAGGAAAGAGCUUGAAAGAAAGCUGGACAACAUCUGGAUUGGUGACUGCAAACUAUGGGUAAACUACCCAAGGUACAACGACAUCCAGCAGAAGGGAAGGGAGAUCAAAACAAGUCAUGUACCAGAGCUACAAGUGCAGAAUAGGUCAUACGCAGAAGUGGUGAAGGGGCAUCAAACGAGUAGACAUGGAAAAGGGGAUGCAGAUAGGAGCAGGGGGGAUUUCGGAAUGGAUACAGAGCAGGACAGAAAAAACGUCACAUGGGAAGACCAGAUAAUGGACAAAAAGAAGAUAUGGGUCGAGAAGGGAAAGAAGGAUUCCUGGGCUGGCUUCGAGUAUAACACCAACAAAGAAGAAUCCACAUGGCUGGAGGGAUGCUAUGUGGGAACGACCCACUCUGUAGAAAUGGUCAGGAACUUGCAGGAAAAAUUUUAUAUGGAAGGUUAUUUCACCUGCAGAGUUCGAGCAAUGGGAGGAAAAUUGGUACUGAUGGAUUGUGAAGACAAAGAAGAGUUGAAAGAUUUGGUUGAAUCGGCAUCAGAAUGGCUGGGUCAAUGGUUCGAAAAGGUGUGCCCUUGGUCUCCAGAAUUGGUAGCGAAAGAAAGAUUCGUGUGGAUAAGGUGCCAAGGAGUACCUUUGAACGUUUGGGGUCCUGGUUUUUUUGAAUCUAUGGGGUGUUCAUGGGGCAAGUUCAUAUGUUUGGAUGAUAGCACAAGCCAAAGAAGGAGGUUUGACAUAGCUAGAUUCCUAAUAUCAACCCCGAUCAUGAACUCCAUUUCAGUGUCGAGAGAAAUCAAAAUCAAUGGAUCCCUGUAUACCGUCAAGUUUUCGGAGGAGGAAUUUUCCAAUAGUUUCUUCUCUUUAAAACAAGAUUUUUUACCCCAUUUCCAAAGCGAUUCAGAGGAACAUGAAUCAUGGUCAAUAGGGAGUGAGACAGAGGAUUAUGGAUGUGAAAAAGCAGUAGAGGAAGAUCAGGGGAUCGACAUCUCAAGGGAGCUCGAGCUUGAAGAUGAUGACGUGGAUCGUGACAGAGGAACGUUAGGGGGCAUGUCCCAUUCACACGUGCAACAGGAGGAAGAGGAGACAGUGGAGAGAGUGGCGGACAGCUUGGAAUGUUUUCAAAAUUCAAAUGGAGAAUUGAUCCGAAAAACAGAAGAGAGAGUGGUGCAGGAGGCGGGGGGGGAUGAUAUGACAGAGGUUUCAAAUGAAGGGAGAAGCAAGAGGCUGGGCCUGGAAAAAAAAACAAAUUUGGGCCAUAGAAGGCAGCCCACUUCACAUACAAGCAGCCCAAACCUUGUGAUAUCUACAAACAUGGGGCUGGGCAUUAGUAGACCUCACCAAACAGAGGGUGUUAAUUCAUCUUCAGCAAACAAAUCAGAAUACUCGGGAAAUAGGGGCUCUGCAACAGUGGUCAGCGAAGAAGAAAUGGGGGAUCACGAUGGGCAAGACAGAGCAAGUAAAGAGGACCUGAUGAAGAGGACGAAGAGGGGUAAGGAAGGCUUCUCGCAGAAAAGGAAGAAGAAAAUCCGCCUCUGCAGUUCGGUGUACCUCACGUCGAGAUCUGCAGAUGCAGGGUUACAGAGGGGAAAAAACAGAGGGAGGCAAAACAAGAAACCAAAGGAGGGGAAGAUGGAGCCGAAGUUCAUAGCAAGUCAAGAUGGUGACAUCGCAGGGGGUUCGGUUGGAGAUAGCGGGAUUCAAAACUGUAAUCAAGUCCUGAGAAAGCAAUUGCAAACCCAACUAGCGAAGGACAUAUGGGAUUUAGCCAAAAGAUUGGGUGCCACAGCGGAGAAUGAUGAGGAGAUAUUGCAAAAAAUCAACGAAAUGGAGGGUAGAGAUAAACAAAGCAGAGAAGAUCUAGUGAGGAGGGCGGCGGUAGAAACAAAGAGGGAGACGAAGGCAGAGGUAGUAAAUCGAAGUACCUGUAGAAGUAUAUGGGGAACCGAUGAGUUUGAAUGGAUCUUUAAACCAUCAGUGGGUUUGUCUGGAGGCUUAUUGUGUGUAUGGAGUCGGGAUGUGUUGAAAAAGACAGAGGUAAUUGAAGGAAAAGAUUUCAUAGGUGUUUUUGGGGAAUGGGGGGAGGAUAGGUUGCCUGUCUAUAUACUUAAUAUUUACUCCUCAUGUCACUUGGAAGAAAAAAGAGCAUUAUGGAAGGAGUUGUUGAAGCUGAUUACAAGCAGAAAGGGCAAUUGGUGUUUGGGGGGAGAUUUCAACGCAGCAAGAAAAGUAGAGGACAGAGCAGGCUGCAGAGGGACGACCAGGGAAAUGAGGGAGUUUGAGAGUUUUAUUCAAGAAGCUGGGCUGGUAGAUUUACCCUUGGUGGGUAGGAGGUACACUUGGCACAGUGCUAAUGGACAACAUAGAAGCAGAAUUGAUAGAUUCUUACUGUCUGAAGACUGGAUGAAGAAUUGGAGCGACUUAAAACAGUGGGGUUUGGGAAGAACAGUGUCUGAUCACUGCCCUCUGUUAUUAAAGAAUGAAAAGGUUGAUUGGGGGCCAAAACCUUUUAAAUUUUUUGACGCUUGGUUAGAAUAUCCUGAUUGCAAACAGGUGAUAAGCCAGGCGUGGAAUUCAGAAGUAGGGAGUGGAUGGAUGGGAUUCAGGCUCAAAGAAAAGCUGAAAAAAACCAAAAAAGCCCUGAAGGAAUGGAGUGCAAACAACAUGGCGGAUGUGGACAGAAGAAUAGCUGAAGCUGAAAAGAACAUAGCAGAAAUGGACAGGAAGGAAGAAAAUAGCCAACUCACAGCAGACGACAUUGAAAUAAGGAGAAGCAGUUUCCUCGACCUGUGGAAGAAUAUGAGAAUCAAAGAGAGCAUGCUGCAACAGAAAUCAAGAAAGAUGUGGCUGAAAGAGGGGGACGCAAACACAAAAUUUUACCACAGAAGUGUGAAGGGCAGAUGGAGAAGGAACGAAAUCAAUAGCAUCCAGAUCAAUGGGGAGCAAUGUAGGGGUGUGUCGGAGAUCAGAGAGGGUGUGGUAAAGUAUUUUAAGGGGUUAUUUACAGAAGAAGAGUGGCAAAGACCAAAGCUGGACGGAAUCAACUUUAGACAACUAGCUGAUACGGACAAUGAUUUCCUGAUGGCAAAAUUCACUGAAGAAGAAAUUCAAAAUGCAGUGUGGGAUUGCGACUCAACAAAGUCCCCGGGCCCGGAUGGAUUCAAUUUUAGAGUCAUAAAGAUAAUGUGGGAGGAAAUAAAGCAAGAUGUAAUAGGAUUCGUGCAGGAAUUCCAUGAGAAUGGUAAAAUAGUAAGAGGUUCAAACUCCUCCUUUAUUACCUUAAUCCCAAAGGUCGAAAACCCCCAAAGAAUUGAGGAGUACAGACCAAUUUCUCUCAUUGGAGUUAUGUAUAAGAUUCUUGCAAAGCUGUUAGCCAACCGCCUCAGGAAAGUACUGGGCAAGAUCAUAGGGGAGCAGCAGAUGGCGUUUAUCGAAGGCAGACAGCUGAUGGACGGUGUGGUGAUUGCAAACGAAGUGAUCGACGAAGCGAAAAGGAAGAGAAUAAAGAGUUUUCUAUUCAAAGUGGAUUUUGAAAAAGCUUACGAUAAGGUGAGCUGGGAUUUUGUUGAUUAUAUGCUUAUGAGGACGGGAUUCACAGCUACGUGGAGAAAGUGGAUAAAGGAAUGCUUCCAAUCGAGUAUGAUCUCGAUCCUUGUGAAUGGAAGCCCUACAAAGCAAUUCUCGGUCAACAAGGGAAUAAGACAAGGCGACCCGCUCUCUCCUUUUUUAUUCCUAUUAGUGGCAGAAGGUUUGAAUGGGCUAAUGCAAUCGGCACUGGACAAAGACUUGUACAAAGGGGUGAGGAUUGGUAACGGGAAUGUAGUAGUAUCUCAUCUCCAAUUUGCCGACGACACAAUAUUCUUUGGGGAGGCUUCGGAAGAGAACAUACAGGCAAUCAAAUGCAUUAUGAGGACUUUCGAACUUGCUUCGGGCUUGAAGAUCAACUUUGGAAAAAGUCAGUUAAUGGAAAUCGGAACCGAGGAGGGCUGGAAGGAGAGAAUGGCCUAUAGAUUGUGUUGCAAAGGGGGAGAACUACCUUUCAAGUACCUGGGAAUUCCAAUCGGAGGGAAUCACAGAAAGUUAGCAAUGUGGAAGCCACUGAUGGAAUCUUUCAAGAAGAAACUAGCUAGCUGGAAAGGUCAAAACUUAUCCCUUGGAGGUCGGAUCACGCUCUUAAACUCUGUGCUGUCCAGUUUACCCGUGUAUUUGAUGUCGGCCUACAAAAUCCCCAAAGGUAUUCUCUACUCUUUAGAUAAAAUACGUAGGAACUUUUUAUGGGGUGGGUCGAGGGAGGAGAAUAAAAUCAAAUGGGUGAGCUGGGAAAGGGUGUGUAGGAAGAAGGUGUGUGGAGGCCUGGGAGUGAAGAACCUAAGAAAGUUUAAUCUGGCGCUAAUGGGAAAAUGGUGGGGAAGGUUAGCGAAAGGGGAAGAAGGGCUUUGGGGGAAAGUCAUAAAAGGAAAAUAUGGAGGAAAUGGGGGUCAGUGGAUGAGCUGGGUGAGAGAUGGAAGAAGGACAGGUUCUCUUUGGUGGAGAGACAUACAAAGUCUCAAUGUCAGGGAAGAUGGGAGUGAGGGAUGGUUGACGGAGGGAUUUAGAAUUAAGAUUGGGGAAGGGAAAGGAGUGAGUUUUUGGUGGGAUGAGUGGUGUGGGGAGGACUGCCUAGCGAAUAUAUAUCCUAGAUUGUAUGUAUUGUCAACAGGGAAGGAAAAAGAUUGCCAGCAAAUGGGAGAAGACAGCAACGGUACAUGGAAGUGGAACAUGACAUGGAGAAGGGCCCUGUUCCAGUGGGAGGAGGAGGCUGAAAAAGAGCUGCGGAAGACAAUCGACAAAGUUAAAAUCUCCCCAGGGUGUGCAGACAGAUGGGAGUGGAUACAUAGCGUUGAUGGACAAUAUUCAACGUCAACAGCUUAUGCAAUAUUAGCAAAACAAGGGAGGGAUGAAGAGGAGGAGAAAAUGUCAAAGAGAGAAGAGGAGGAAGACUCAAGCCAUUUGUUCUUGAACUGCUUAGUUGCUCAGUGGCUGUGGAAGGCUUGUGCAAAGUGGUGGGGAAUCACAAUAAUCUUACAAAAAGAAUGCAGGCCAACAUUUCAACACUUGGGGGAGUGGACCAAAAAACCUCACAAAAAGGAAGGGUGGGAUUGCAUAUGGAAUGCACUGUUAUGGACGGUGUGGAUGGCGCGCAACAAAAUGCUUUUUGACAAUGCUGAGAUCAAUAAUAAUCUCAUUUUAAUAGAAGUUAAAGGUUUUUCUCUUUGGUGGAGAGACAUACAAAGUCUCAAUGUCGGGGAAGAUGGGAGUGAGGGAUGGUUGACGGAGGGAUUUAGAAUUAAGAUUGGGGAAGGGAAAGGAGUGAGUUUUUGGUGGGAUGAGUGGUGUGGGGAGGACUGCCUAGCGAAUAUAUAUCCUAGAUUGUAUGUAUUGUCAACAGGGAAGGAAAAAGAUUGCCAGCAAAUGGGAGAAGACAGCAACGGUACAUGGAAGUGGAACAUGACAUGGAGAAGGGCCCUGUUCCAGUGGGAGGAGGAGGCUGAAAAAGAGCUGCGGAAGACAAUCGACAAAGUUAAAAUCUCCCCAGGGUGUGCAGACAGAUGGGAGUGGAUACAUAGCGUUGAUGGACAAUAUUCAACGUCAACAGCUUAUGCAAUAUUAGCAAAACAAGGGAGGGAUGAAGAGGAGGAGAAAAUGUCAAAGAGAGUAUGGAAUCCGACCAUCCCAUCGAAAGUAGCUGCUUUCAACUGGAAGGUACUAAUGGAUAGAAUCCCAACUAGAAUUAAUUUGUUCAAACGGGGAAUCUUAAAAGAUGUGGGAGAAAAGAAAUGCAUUUUGUGUAAGGAAGAGGAGGAAGACUCAAGCCAUUUGUUCUUGAACUGCUUAGUUGCUCAGUGGCUGUGGAAGGCUUGUGCAAAGUGGUGGGGAAUCACAAUAAUUUUACAAAAAGAAUGCAGGCCAACAUUUCAACACUUGGGGGAGUGGACCAAAAAACCUCACAAAAAGGAAGGGUGGGACUGCAUAUGGAAUGCACUGUUAUGGACGGUGUGGAUGGCGCGCAACAAAAUGCUUUUUGACAAUGCUGAGGUGCUGUGUAAUGGGGGCUCAUGUUGGCUUAUUGAGCAUUCAUUGACUGAAGUGGAUUCAGCUAUAGUCAAUGCAUGAUCAAGGGCUGGUGGGUCAGUGGGUGUGUUGGGUGUGGCUUGUGGACCGAAACAGGGAGUUAGAUUGAGGAUGUAAAGGAUAUCAGAAUUCCCGUCACGGGUGUAGUGUCGACACUUCUUUCGGGUGUCGACACCUUGCGUUAACUUUUGAUCUACAUGCGUUUGGAGUAUCCCUUGUAUUCCGCUUAUUAAUUAAUAAUAUUAUGUUUGCUGU